GGGCUAUAACCGGCUGGAGUCGCGCAGAGCGCACGGUAGUCGGCCGUCUCUGUCGCACGCGUGAUGUCUCCUCUCGCUGUCCGCCUGCUGCUGCUCGCCUGCCUGGCUUUGCCUCUUUAUGCGGUGGAAAAGGUGAGAAGCAGAGGCUACCGAAAGGAUCCUGACGCCGACAAGUGCACUGGAAACGAUGCCGAGAAACCCAACUGCACUAGACACUCUGGAGAAGAAAGAUCUGCUUACUUGGCCAACAUGUAUGGCAGCUGCCUGCAGGGUCCAGCAGGCACCGCUGGAAGAGACGGUAACCCUGGGGCCAACGGUAUUCCUGGGACGCCUGGUAUCCCAGGCCGCGAUGGACUGAAAGGCGAGAAAGGAGAAUGCGUUACUGAAGUUUUUGAGGAACCCUGGAAACCCAACUACAAGCAGUGUGCCUGGAACUCGCUGAACUACGGGAUCGAUCUGGGUAAAGUGGCUGACUGCACCUUCACCAAGCUGCGCUCUGACAGCGCCCUCAGAGUCCUCUUCAGUGGCUCCCUCAGACUCAAGUGUAAAAACGCAUGCUGCCAGAGGUGGUACUUCACCUUCAACGGAGCGGAGUGCACAGGACCACUGCCCAUAGAGUCAAUUAUUUACUUAGACCAAGGGAGUCCCGAGCUCAACUCAACCAUCAACAUCCACAGAACUUCCUCAGUUGAGGGGCUGUGUGAGGGUGUCAAAGCAGGGCUGGUUGAUGUGGCGGUGUGGGUGGGGACCUGCGCUGAUUAUCCAAGAGGAGACGCAUCCACAGGCUGGAAUUCCGUAUCCAGGAUUAUCAUAGAGGAAUUGCCUAAGUAAGGAAAAUAAAGCAAUACGAUUGGGAGGGACCUAGUUUUGGUAGCGUGACAGCAUGUUAUCCGACGCGCCACAACGAUCAGGUGUGGUUUGCUGAGGCGUCACUGAUGGGAACGUGAAUGUUUUUGAGUUUUGUUUAAAUGCUACACCCGUCGACAGGCCUACGAUUACUGUACUUUUCUGUCUACCGGAAAUAAACUUUGUACUGUAGCUUUUUCAGCUUGUGGCUGCCGUUAAGAGUACAGCAACAGACAUGGACAGUACCUUUAAACUCUGUACUCCUGUGACCUGUUUAUAUGCAUUAUCACUGUUAAUAAAGCACUUCUUUUUUAAGGAAA